GUUCUGUGGAGCAUUCCGGUCCAGUGGCUUCAGUGGAUUCUGGUUCUGGUUUCCAUGGGGGUUUCUGGAUCCGUCCUGGUCCUAACUUUUUGGCCCGUUGUCCGUGACGACACUAAAGUAAUGGCAGCAGCAACACUGGCAACCAUUCUGGUCCUGCACACGCUGCUGGCAGUUGGCUGCAAACUUUACUUCUUCCAGGCUUCAGAGAAGCUGGCUCCAUCACCCACAUCGAAGCCUAUCCAUGCAUCUGCAACUACUGGGUUCCUCUGAGCAGUUCAUCUGGGCGCUCCUCGUCUAUGCUUACAGCCAGAGAAACAUCUGCUGGCUCAGCAGAAGAAUGUGAAGUUUCCAGGCUUGAGUGUGAUUUAUUUCUGAUAUUUUCCCCUAAGUUAUUAUAGUAAAAAGAGAAGCCCUCUUAGAGAAGAGACUGCAGAAAGCAAAACUAACCUUCUGAAAAAGCUGGACUGGCAGGUGGUCUCCUGUUGAAGAGAAUUUCAGCUUCAUUCAAAGUUGAGGCCUUGGCUGCUGAAUAAAGACUCUAAACUCAG